GAUAGCGCCUCCAGUGCGGACAUAAUAAAUAUAUUUAUAAAUAUUUAGAAAAUAGAAAUCUGUACUUACAAGUGUGUGUGUGUGUGUGUAUGUAUUGGGGCUGUUAACAUUAUCAGCGGCUUAAAAUGAUGAUUGGACAAUGUUUGCGGCUUAUCAACAGGUUCUCUGCGUACGCGAGAGUUGUUUGUAUUAUUUAUUUUUGAACAGCUAAUUGCGGUGAAGCCAAAGUCUAGUGUUUAGUCUCAAUUUACUAACGCAAGGCAAAAGUUCGGGCAGGCGCGGUCUUAAGUUCGCACUGAAAAUACAAAAAAUGAUACAAAUUAAACACAUUCGCAGUGGCAAAACGCUGAAAAUCAAUACAUUUUGGCUACGUGAUCACUGUCGCUGCAGCGAUUGCUACAAUACGGAGACGAAGCAACGUAAAUACAAUCUGCUGGACAUACCGCGCACUGUGAAACCGCUUAGGACUGACUACAUCAAGGAUGGACUGCAAUAUGAGGUGCACUGGAAUGAUGGUCACACAUCCGUUUACGACAUUGAUUUCCUGCAUGAUGCGCAAGUUGAACAUGUCGUGGCACACGCCGAAAGCGCUACUGUGCGCGUACCCUGGAAUGAGCCGUUCAUUGUAGCGCAUGCGGAGCACUUGCGCACCACACUCGCCGAAUUGGUCAGCGCCGAGGAGCCAGUGCGUAAAAUCGUACAAAGUCUGAUACGUUAUGGCAUCGCGUUCAUUGAUGGCGUACCGCCGAACACGACAAUGACCGAAAUGGCGGUACGUCGCAUUUUUCCAACGAUGAAAACGUUCUUUGGCGAAAUGUACACAUUCUCCGAUGUGCAGGAUCACGCCGAUACCGCUUACACUAAACAAUAUCUCGGUCUGCACACGGACAAUACGUACUUCUGUGAUGCGGCGGGUCUGCAGUCGCUGCAUUGCAUACGACACGUCAACGGUACAGGCGGUGAGAAUUUCUUCGCGGAUGGUUUGCAUGCCGCACACGAGUUAAAACAUCGCAAUCCGCGCGCCUUUGAGAUACUCACACGUGUCGCAGUGCCGGCGGAGUAUAUCGAGGAGGGACAAUAUCAUAAACAUUCGGCGCCCAUUAUACGCGUGGAUCCGGUGAGUGGUGAAAUAGUGCAGUUGCGCUUGAAUGUAUACGAUCGCGCGCAAUUCGAUAGCAUACCGCAAGAGCAAAUGCAAGAUUUCUACGAUAGUUUGCGUGAUUAUUUGGAGAUUGUGCAACGCAUCGAGAAUCAAUGGAGUUUUAAAUUACAUCCUGGCACUGUGGUGAUCUUCGAUAACUGGCGUGUGUAUCACGGUCGUCAUGCGUACACGGGUCAACGCACCAUGACCGGUUGUUAUGUGCAGCGGACGGACUUUUUGAGUAAGGCGCGCGUUCUGGGCAUCAUCGAUUGAUUAUAAUGUUGCAGAAAUUUACAUACAUACAUGUGUGUGGUGAAAAUGUUUGUGGUGAGAAAUAAAAUAUUAUGCAAUUUUCGA